CAUGCGCUCUGCUGGGUCACACACCUGGGCAGAGACUACAGCGCUGCAAACAGCAGCUCCGGGAAUACACAACCUUUUUUUAACUUUUCUUUUUUUUAUUGUUUGAUAUGCUGCAUCGUCUGCUUUGAUGAAACAUCACCACAGGUCUCAGCUGUUUGUGCGCUUUGUGUGGAACUGGGUCUUUGCCCUGUGUGUGAGAUGCAUGUGAAGGAAACAGCUCCGGCCUGUAAAGUACAUUUCAUUUAUUUAAGAUUGAAUUAUCAGCACUCAUUCUGAGAACGCAGCUUCACUUGCUCCUUUCUGUUCACACGUGCCAAACUAUGAGAUGUCUUUUUUGUCCUCAGUGCAUGUUAUGUCGACCCUGUUCUCCACAGUCGGCACACGGGCCGAUCUGAUAGGCCCCGAGCGUGUCACAUCGGGGUGUUACCUUUCAGUCAGCGAGGUUCCUCCCAUCAUCAUCUCUGACUGAUAGAUAGCAGGAAAAGAGAGUGUCAGCACCUUCCUUCAGCUUCAAGUCACAUCUCCACACACCGCUGGCCUGAUAAAAUGAGCCCCCCGCUGCUGGCCUGGACCCUGGUGACGGCCUUCGUUUGGACUCUCGGCUCAAGCCAGUUCAUCCAAGGGGACCCUGUCCAUGUUCUCUAUCCAGCCAUCUCCAGCAGUGAGAGUCUGGACUGUGAAUGUGUGAACAUCUCAUGCGACACUGUGUUCUGGUUCCACACGGACCCGGCCCGGGGCAAGCUGCGUUUUCUGGCCAAAUGCAACAGAGCUGACCGCGUUCAGUAUGGAGAUGUGAACCAGACACGCUAUAAAUUCAGCAGGAGGGGCAGCUCGUCCUUUGUGCUGCGCAUCAUUGGCAUAACUGAGGCGGACGCAGGGAUUUACUCCUGUAUCCUGAGGGACUCCAGAAACGACGCCGAGAAGUUCAGGCCCGGCUUUCUACUUCGCCCGGGAGAGACCCCUCCACCGCCACGCACAACCCCUAAGCCGAAGCCCAAACCACCCUGCCGCUGCUCCAGAAAUCCUAAACGCAGCGGCUGCAGCUCCCUGCUCCUGUGGCCUCUGGCUGGACUGGCCGCUGGCCUGGCCGUUGUCAUCCUGGGCGUGCUCUACUACUUCAGCCGGUUGCCCAAAAAAUGUCAACACCACUUUGUGAAGAAGAGACUGAUGACCUAAAGAGCUGCAUCUGUGGCUUUUAUCUAAAAACGCUGAGGCGUUUGGCUGAAGACGUCUUCCGUGUGGAGCUUGAAUAACAAAAAGUUGUGCUCUGCUAAUAAAAGUAUAUUACUCUGUAUCCAGUGAAAUGUGCGCUUUGCCGCUGAAGAGCGGUGGCCAUGUAAAAUACUGUGAUAUGUAAAUUUUGUUUGUUCCACCGGGUUAGAAACCUGCCAUCUUUGUUGUAAAAUAUUUUUGUCAUUGAUCAUUUUGCAAUAGAACAGAAUCAAUUAUAAAGGGAGUUUUUUUCUAUUAAGGAGACUUUAGCUUUUUCUAAUCAUUGUGGAAUAAGGAUGAAAAUCCAAAUACUCUCAGCUCUUCUCACAUCAGAAUCCCUUUAUUCCUGUCAGUUCAGUUUAUAUGGCGCCAGCUCACAAUGAAACUGUCUCAGGUCAUUUUACAGGGAAAGCAGAGUAAUUAGAUUGAGGCUCAAUUAAAUCCUUGUAUCUGUACCAUUUCAGUAGCAAUAGCAAGUUUUUUUCAUUUUUUUCUUUUUUAUCAAAUUUGAAAAUGAAAGAACAGCUGAACUGAGCUGAUUUUGUGCACCUUUGCGCUCUCCUGUAUUUAUUUGUGCUUUUUCACUUCAUGUGUCACAUGUUCGCCUCUGUGUCCUGUAGAGUAAUCCUGUUCAAUCAAUAAAGCUGUGGAUGUCCAAGCAUUUACAGAGUGGUGAUACAUUUAGAAACCAGUCCC